CGUUGUCAAAUAGGAAAAAACUGUAAACAAACAAAUAAAUUAAAUGCAACAUCAAUUAAACACAUAAGAUUAACUGAAAAUAGCGGAGAAACAGAGCUAGUGAUGUGGAGUGAGGCUGCCGAAGCCGAUCUUAUAAAGCUGUGGCGAGCAAAAAUGCCACAGCUUCGAUCAGACAGGCAAUACAGCGGCCACAUACUCGUAUAUCAGGAGAUGGCGGACGCCAUGGAGACUCUUGGCCACGAGUAUACUGCCGCAGAAAUAAAAGAGAAACUGUAUGAAUUCACCAACAAAUACAAGCAUGAGCAACAGAAAAUUGCCCCUUCUUCGUGGACAGCAUUAUGGGUAAGUUUUGAUAUUGAGAACAUUGAGCCGAUUAAUGAGGAUUGCGAAAACGAAUGUCAAUCAACACUUCCGAGGACUGACGCAUCGCCAUUCGAUAACUCCAAUCACUCUUCAUCCAGUGGCACUGAAAACAAUGAAAAUAAAACGGCAGUAUCGGUGAUGGAAGAAAUGCGGGAGGAUUUUUUGAAGGCGACUCAGUCGUGGAAGGAGGCUAAUGAAAAACAUCAAAUUAUUUUGCAAAAAUAUGUCAAUGACUUUCGCGAGAUGAAGGAUGCUUUCAUCGACUUCCUUCGUCGCCAAAAUUAGUCUUGGACUUGUUUUUUAUGCUUACAAAUAUAGAUAUAAGUAUGUAUAAGUAUGAUAUAGUUUUUAUGUUUGUUGUUUUACCGUAAGCCAUACAUUUAUAAAAACACAAUUAUGGUUUAACAUAAAAGACUGUACAAAUUCACAAAAUAA